AGUUGGCUUGAUGGGGACCACAGUGAAUGAGGAGGAAGAGUGCAGGCUGGGGCAGGAUCUGGUGUGGGGGGCGGGGGGUCGGUGCAUAACCUGGCCAGGGGCUGUUAACCCCCUCCCCCCAAAAAACAGCAGCAGCAACAACAACAGCGAGAACAACAAUAGCAACAAGCCAAAUUAAGGCUAAAAAAGCAGGCGGUGUGCCAGGAAGGGGCCCAGCUGAGCAGUGUGUGGAAGCUUUUGUGGAGGUGAUGGUGGGGGAUGAGAAAGGGGAAGGAAGGAACAGUCAGCACCACAGGGACUUGAACAAAGGGAGAAAGGGGAUUAUAGUCAAAUCACUGUCCGCAGCAGGAGCAGACAAAACCACCAGAGUAAGCCCUGAAAUGGAAAUGAGAGGGAAAAGAAGCAAGCCGCUAACAGCUACCAAGAAGAGGAGGAAGUGGGAGAUGCGCUGCUUCCUGUAGAAAGAACGUUGAUUGAAGACAAAGCUGGGUGGGGACUAGUCCCUGGGCUGCAGCCGCCGCCGCUACACAUACUCACAACGCUGCCGCCGCGCUCCGUGGGCAACUCCUACUACUGCUGGGCUGGGCUGGGCUGGGCUGCGCCGGAGCUCCCCUGCACAGAUCAGCUCCGGAGACGGGAAAAACCACGCUCCUCUGACCAAGCCUCGGGAGCUAAGGUAAAGGAAACGUUUUCCAUGUUGCUCGUUUUUAAUUGAGAAAAAAAGACCAUCGCCUGUGGUUUAAAGCCAGAUCUACCAGUGAGCCUCAGGCUUUAGGAACUGAAGAGUGUUUCUGAAAGACCUGUCAAACACUCCGAUGGCCAGCAACAACACCGCCAGCAUAGCACAGGCCAGGAAGCUGGUAGAGCAGCUUAAGAUGGAAGCCAACAUCGACAGGAUAAAGGUGUCCAAGGCAGCUGCAGAUUUGAUGGCCUACUGUGAAGCACAUGCCAAGGAAGACCCCCUCCUGACCCCUGUUCCGGCUUCAGAAAACCCGUUUAGGGAGAAGAAGUUUUUCUGUGUCAUCCUUUAAGUCUUCAAGAGGAGCCUUGAAGAGCCUCCGGGCUCCUGGGACAUUGAUAUAGAGUUUUUAGCAAAGUGGGCACCUUUCUAGUCCACGGCAUUUGAAGAGAGCGAUGAGAACCAUCCUGGAAACUCCAGGCUAUGCAUGUUUAAAGAUCUGGUCCCUUUUAUGAGAAUGCAAGCCGAUCCACAUCCUGAGUUAAGAGAUCUGAUUCUGCCGAACUGCCUGGAGGAGGGGAAUAUAUAAAAAUACAAUUGGUGUCACUUCUUUUCUGCUGUCCCCUAAUCCCCCCCAAAAUCCUCAUGUUUCUGCUUCAUAUUUUAAAAAUAACAAUUAAAACAGACAGCUGUACUGAGGUAAGAUAAGUAUGACCUUUUUGGAAUGAAUAUUGUCUUUAGAAUACCCUUUGAUAAGCUGAGCUGUCCCGUGUAGCCGCAAUUUGGUUUAAUGGCAUUGAUGUUUAGUCAUUGUGCCUUUCUUUUUCUUGUUUCCUUCUCCUCUACUCCUCCUUCCACCCGUCCCCAUUAGAGCAGUGUGGAGAUAAGGCUGGACUUGUCUAUCAGAUUGAACUCCAAGAAUGAUCAUACAAAAUGUUUAGGGAAAUGUUCCCCGUGGUGUAUCCUCAUAGUAACAACGACAAAAAAUGCCGGUUGUCUGUGUUCUCUUUUCACUAUUCCUAACAUAUGUACAUGAUAGCUUUGAUUCUGCAAGUAAAAGUAAAUCAUGUGUUGUGACUGGUGCUUUCAUAUAUUCGUGACAAUUUUUGAGUAAUACUGCAUGAAACUGUCCCUAUGUUACAUCCAUUCAGAAGUUUUGUUGUUUUACCCUAAAGCAGGGAAAGGAAAUGAGAAGGAAAAACCCUGGGGAGGAAAUAAAAAUCUCAGUAUUUUCAAAAUUGAGAUUACUUAAGAGCCUUAGCCACGCCUAAAAUACCUCCUAGUUAAUAGCGGUAUAAAUGCCUCUUCAAUACGUUUUCCAGAGUCCAAAGCAUUUUGGUUUAUCCAGGAUCCAGGGCAGCACAGCUGUCACCAAGCAGGAGCGUUAAGGAUUUGCCAUGAGUUGGGAAGUGCUUUUGUCAUGAUUAUGAGCAAGUUCCCUCUUUCCCUGAAUCAUGGACAUUCUAGAUUAGAAGAACAUUUUUUGUGUUCUUAGCAAGAAAACCAUGGGCCUCCUUUGUUCAGGUAUCAGAAGAAAUAAACCCACAGCCCCAGAGAAAGUGACCAUUCUCAGAACUCCGGCUGCUCGCCCUCCAGGUAGAAGGACCCCAAGUACCACCCUCUGGGCAGCAGGUGCGGUCCCCACAGUCAGCUUACCAGGAAGAGUUCUGGCUCUCUUGUCCACUGAGAUGGUCUUGGUUUUUCGCUUAUCCAACUUUUAAAUGGAAUCUUUGUUUUUCUUCUCCAUCUUGUUUGUUAGAGUCUCUGGGUCUUUAUUUACAACUUCCUUGCAACUAGAGCACUCCUUCCCCAAGAUACGGUAGUGAGAGUAAUUUUUCAUUGUAGCUGUAGUCUCCAUCAGUAACAGCAAGCCCUGGAUGCCUCGACCACCUUUUUCUUUGUCAUUUUCAGUCAAAGAGGGCCUCUCUUACAUCUUGUUUGCUUUCAGAUCCCAAAAUACCAUCUCUAUCUCCCAAUUAAUGUUAUUCUCCUCUCUUUCUUCUCUAUUCUCUUUCUCCUGUUGAAAAGAAAAGCAAGAAAAAGGAAGGGCAAAAGAUUUGGUAUGCCAAGGGCAGAUUUUGAAACAGACUAGGUAAAUGUUUUCCUUAGCUCCUUCAUGGGCAUGCUGGUGAAAGAUAAAUACAUCCAAUUAAAGCUUAUGCUGGGGUUGGGGAGAAGAAGAUACUGAAACAUUUGUGAAAUGUGUGAAUGCACUUUUGUAACCAGAUGCUUCUGUUCUUCUGUUCAAAUUGUGGGGAGUUUGUUACAGUCAGGAUGCCCAUGAGGAUUUAGGGGUAAAAAAAAAAAACCUAGCAGAGUAUUUAUUGAACUACAGCAUUGUACAAUUAGGUUAGUAACACUGUGGAAUCAGCUAAAACAGAUCACAUUUUUUAAAUGGGCCAGAAAAUGAAUUGAAUAUAUGGUCACAUGAAAACAACCAUGAAUGAAUAAAGCACUCUUUGGCCCAUAUGAUUUCCACUAUUUGCAGCAUUUCUUUUUCUCAGAAGGACUCUUUAUAUUUCCAUGUAAAUCUAGAUCUUUGGAGUAAUUAAGAGGGAAUUACAAUUUCUAGGGAGCAUUCUAAGGAAAACAUUUUGGCUUUUUCAUAAUUUUAUGUCUUACAGUAUGGAAUUAUAAUACCAAAAUCUUUAUAUGAGUUUUGGCUUAUUGGUAUUUGUACUUAUUCAGGGGAAAAAGUCUUUUGAUUACUUAUGCCUCUAAAGAGCUUAAUUUAUUUAGAAAUUCAACAAUCAUUUUCACCAGCAUAAUUUUCUCUUUAGGGGUAACCAAUAGGAAAAAUCAGCUUAAUUAUUUAAGGCCCUAGUUUCUACACAUAAUAUAUUCGAUAGUAAUGAAAAUCUGCCAUUGAAUUAACUAAUAAGUAGUAACAAUAAACUUCAUAUUUAGAAUGCAAAGUCUAUAAAGAACAAAACCAUCUUAUAUCAUCCUCAAUAUUAACUCCAGUUUAAAAACUGUUAUUUUUUAAAAAUUUGAAACCAAAUACUGUUUAAAUCAGAAGAUGCAAAUAAAUACUUUGAUCUGUGCCUGAUUUUGCUAAUAAUAUUUGAAGGAGAUUGCCUACCAAGGACAUAUUCAACAAUAAAUUUAAAAAUCAAACAACAAUUUCUCCAUACACUCAUAGUCACAUACAGAAUUUUGAGAAAAUAAAGCAUGCUGUCUUUAGGAAUUUUUAUACUUUAUCUUUCUUCCUAAAUAUUUGCUUCUAGCUGCUCCUGGCAAUGGUGAAUUGUUACAUAUGCGUUAAUGUUUUGCAGCCCAAAAGUUGUUCACAUCUUUCCUAUAUAAGAUCUAUGGAGUGUGUGUUUCAAAGAGAGAAAUACAGAAAUGUUAAAGCAGGAAAACCUGAAUGUGAUGUGCACAUUUUCAUCCCACAUGGACAAUGUAUGUGUUUUAAUAAAUGGAAUUUUCAGAUCCAUUU